AUGUCCCUCUUCGGCGCGCGCUUCUCCUCCGCAGUCACUGCGCUGCGAGGAGAGCUCAGUGCCGCACCACAAACCGCCAACGAUACCAUCACAAAGCUCGUAGAGAAGAUCCAGACUUCGCCACAGGUCGAUGACCGCCGGACUGCCGUUCUCGGUCUCAAAGGCCUCAGCCGUGACUGGAAGGCCGAGGUCGGCCAGGCCGCGUUCCCCUCACUACUCGCUGUGCUGCAACACGACGCGCCAUACGAUGUCGACAUUGCCAAGGCCGUGCUCGAGGCGCUCAUGAGUUUAUGCGAAGUGCCGGACAAGCCUGCCAAGGACGAAGUAGGACUCAAGCACAUUGAUAUUUUCCUCGAGACACCUGAACCGUUCCAUGCCGUUAUCGGGCUGCUCUCGGCCUCCCCGGCGUUCUUCCCGCGCUUCUACGCCCUACAGUUCCUCUCGCAGAUCCUCACGGCCCGCGCGUCCCUCGCCCAGAGCUACAUCUUGUCGGCGCCGCCACCAGGCGUCGACGGCGUGCUUACCGUGCUCGACCCCAAGGCCCCGCCACCAGGCUCACAGGGCGCGGUCAUGGGCGGAGGUGCUGGUGAGAUGCUGCGGAACGAGGCUCUCCUCCUCCUUCCCGCAAUGCUCGCCAGCAACGCCGAUCUGCAGAAGAUCAUUGCCUUCUCUGGAGGCUUUGAAAAGAUUCUGGACAUUAUCACCGCCGAGAAUGGCAUCGAGGGCGGAAUCGUUGUCCAGGACGCACUGUCCGUCAUUGGUACCCUUCUGCGCUUCAACGUCUCCAACCAGAACCUCUUCCGCGAGUUCUCGUUCAUUCCCUCCAUCCCCCCGAUCCUCCACUUCCCUUACUCGCUCGCAGCCGAUGAGCAGGCGCCGGAUACCUUUGCACUGCAGGAUUGGCCGGAGCAGAAGCUGUACAACGCCGGCUUGGUGCUUGGCUUGAUACGCAUGCUGAUCGGCGGCCCUGGAGGUCCCAACCAGUCCGCCAUGGCGAGCAGCGGCGUCACAAGGUGUCUUCUCGAGCUGUCUCUCGCGUCGAACGCGCCGAACGGGCUCAAGUGCCAAGCAAUCAACACCCUCACGCCGAUCAUGCUGUCGUCGCUCCCCAACCAGGCGCUGCUGUCGACGCUCAUGCUCGCGCCGCUUGUUCCCGUUCACGCUGACAUGGAUCACCCGAACGGCGGCUUCGUCCGUCUUCCGCCUCGGCCGGCAGUCGUCGCGCUUGUCUCGGCGGUCAUCGAGGGAGAUCCGAGUGCGGGCGGUCGUGGCUUGCGCGGCCGCGCUGCGGGUGUCAACAUGUUUGAGGGUUACGUCAACAACAACGACGACGCAAGGAUAGGCAUCAUCUCGUCAAUGGUGUCCCCGCCCGAGGACAACCCGAACUCAAACUUCCCAGACACGCCGCAGUCGGCCGGGUCGCUCAUCAUGUCGGGGCUCCUCGACCUCCACCCUAGAGACGCGCCGUUCGACCCGUACCGUUCGCUAUUCUCGUGCCUGCUCAUGUCGCACCUCAUCCGCAGCUCAGAGCACAUCAAGAAGCUCGCGCGCGAGAUCUCAUUCCCCGGCGGCGGUGACGACGAUGACGACAACGUUUCGCUCCUCCAGCUCGUCGUCGGCAACCUCAUGAUGGCUGCUCGCGCCCAGGGCGAAGCUGCCACCAAGGCCACCAUGGAAGGCGCCGGCGACGGGUCGUUCGAGGAAGAGGACUGGACACGCGUCAUGGUCGGUUAUCUGGUCCUGCUCUCGACCUGGCUCUGGGACUCGCCCAAGUCGGUGACCGAGUUCCUCUCUGACAGCUCAAACCUGCAGGUGCUCAUCACUCCCAUCACCCAGCCGACUGGCAUCGACCCCCUCAUCCAGGGGUUGUGUGCUUUCCUCCUCGGCAUCUGCUACGAGUUCAACCGCGAGCCAGGAGAGGUCACCCGUGCGACGCUGCACCCGAUCCUCCACUCAAGAAUUGGGCCGGAUCAGUUCGUCUCGCGGAUGGCACGCCUGCGCGAGGACCCGCGAUUCCGCGCAGUGCAGCCGGACGCGUUCGACACCGAGGGCGAGGAUGCUACGGCGGCGCACCAGUCGCAGGACUCGAUUGAGCAGGACGAGGGUCUUGAGUUGUGGUUCGAUUGGGCGUUUGUCGACUUCUGGAAGAACCAUUAUUACACCAUCCAGCGCUCCAUCGCAGUUGACCCUGACGCCGUCGGGAGCCGCACGUCUGCAGAUGACAGCGAGACUGCUGGCAUCAUCAUGUCGCUCCGCCAGAAGCUCAAGGCGCAGACGGACGAGGUUGUCAAGCUCCAGUCGCAGCUGUCUCACAAGGCUUCUGAGUACAGCAAAGAGAAGGACCAGUUCGCGUCCGAGAUCGACGCGCUCUCCCAACAGGUGGCCAAGCUCUCUGCCGACUCCGAGGCCAGUGCUUCGUCCUCGACCGAGCUUGACACUCUCCGUUCCGAUCUUGCUGCAGCUCGGACACAGGUGACCUCGCAGAUGGCUGAGUUAGCUGCCCACGCCGAGACGAAGACCCAGCUCGAGGGCGUGACGUCGGAGCUCGACGCGUUGCGGAAGGAGCUGGAAGAGGCCAAGUCCGACGCUGCCAAAGCCGCCGACAGGGCGGACAAGGCCGAGGCCGCAACAAACGUUGAGAAGGAGCGCGCGAACGAAGCGGAGAAGGCAGCCAACAAGGCCAAGGAGGUGCCCAGUGCGCCGCCCAUGGGCAUUGGUAAGAAGACCGAGGCCCAGCUCAAGAAGCUACGCGAGCAGGUCAAGGAGCUCGAGUCUGAUCUCGAAGCGACUAAGGCUAAGGGCACCGAGAUGGAGAAGGAGCACGAGGACCUGCUCGUGCUGCUUGACGAGCUGAGCAGCAAGCGCAAGCGCGACAAGGCGGUGAUGCGGGACGAGGGCCUCUUUGUGAGCGAAGACGAAGAUGACGACGACGACGACGACGAUGAUGAUGACGAUGAAGAGUAG